CAGCCAGGUAAACGUCUGCGAGAAUGCACGAGACCAUAACUGUGUCAUGACAACGUUGACACAAACCAAUAUGGCUGAAUAUAUUUACAUUUAGCAAUACAGAUUUUGAAGGAUGUCUGUGGUAGCAAUGCCAACCAUAGAAGAGAGGGAGAAUCUUAUGAAAGAUAACCGGGUACCAUUAUCUGGAUUCAGUCCCCGGCCCAUACAAAGACUAGCCAAUAGGAAGCAGCCCAGAUCUGUGCUAAAUAUCGAGUGUAAUCACUUCUUACGGACAGAGACAAAAGACUUCACACAUGGGCAUGCCCCCGUGACCUAUAAAUUAUGGAUGGAGGCCGGUAAGCAUGACCCCCCCUAUCCGAACACCCCUGACCCAAAUUUCAACAGUAACGUGUGGAGAAACUUUCGUAAACAGUACGGAUUCAACACAACUGCUGAAGGCAGGAAAAUUUCUGAAGUGUUGGCUACUAUGUAUCCAUUGAACAUUCCUGCACCUUCAAAAGUCGGGGACCAUACGUUUGAAAAGUACAUCAGAGAAACAAAACUGUUUAAUGACGAGAAAAUAGCUUUUCUGGCAAUGAAUCGGACAAAGGCCGAUGUGCAGGAAUUCAAGAGGUUGCGUUGUCGAAGUGAAGCGAGGAACCCGCCUAUUGACGAAAGUGGUAAUAUCUUACCUCCAGAGAACUUCAAGAAAUACGAGCACCGGUUUGUACCUCCCCCGCCACUGCCUCCGACCCCACCCCCGUCAAACCAGAAGAUUGACUCCCUGGGUCAGCGCUACAUCCCCCGCUCUGAGCCUCACCUGUGGAAACUGUCUUACAAACUUUCACACCCCCAGUACGAGAGUGUUCGAAAGGAAAUCAAGAGGAGACAAGAACUUAUGAGGAACCAACCCAUUGGGGUCUCCCCCAAAACCUUUCCUUCUCCGCUGGUGCCAUGAAAUUUUAUUGCAUGCGUAUGCAUGUUUUUAUUUAAAUAACUGUGAUAUUUUGGAAAUACCGUUAUAGAUGAUACUGAUGGUCAUUCUAUACUUUUGAUUUAAUUUUGAUUGGAAGACAUCAUUAUCUUAUGUCAGACUACUAGGACUAACAAUUACAUGCAAGUGCUCAACAAAUGUCGUUCAUCAUUUAAUGUUAAACUACCAAAAAAUAUGCUAUACACGGGAUUUGCCUUAUUUUCAUAAACAAUUUCUAUGUUUGUAUUAUUUAUCACUGAAAAAAAAUCGUUGGCCAAAACUCUGCUAACCUUUACAAAUCUUUUGAUCCUUCAAACGAAUUCAUCGAUUCUUUCGACUUUUCAAGGAUAUCGAACGAAGGGUGUCGUAAUAAUGUCAUAAUAUGAAUGUAGACUGUGAUAUGGUACAUGCAUUUGAUGCUUUAUUUUUUUCAUGAUUAUCUUAAUUUUGUAAUGACGGUCUUUGAACUUUACGUGACGUGUAUAUGUAUAAACGUAAUCAGUAUUUGGUAUGCGCCAAAAUGUUGUGUAUACGCUUUGUAUACAAAGCAUUUCGAGAAUUACUUCUAUUCAAGUCGUAAUGUAUUUUCAAACGAUAGAAAGACUUUAGAUGUUAUUUUUUGCGCAUAUUUUCUGUUGUCAUAUUUUCUUGAUUUGUUUUAAGCAUUUGUUACUUUGGUUGUGCAAUCACUGAAUGUGUAAUAAAAUCUAAAAGAAUU